AUGAUGAAGGGCAUGGGAAAGUACAUUAUCGGGGCCAAUCGACAGCUUCUCAUCCCAGAGUCCGAUGAGUCUGGGAAGCUCGAGAAAGUCGGAUCCUCAGUGAGCUCGACCUCGAAAAAGAAUAAGUUCCGCCAGCAUUGCAGGCGAUUCUGGUGCAUCUACCUCAUUGCCAAUGUGAUAUUCUUGGCUAUUUUCCUGCCCGUGUUCUUUCUGGUGGCGAUUCCUGCCAUCGCCCAACUUGUUGUCAACAAAUCAGACAUACGAAUCGUUAAUGCCGAAGUGAUGCACCCAACAGCAGACACAGUACGAAUGACGCUAGAAACAAAGGUGAACUUGAAGCUUGCGCUGGGUGUUCGGCUCGAUCCUGUUGUUUUCUAUACCUUCGUACGCUCCUCCGGCCAUGAGAACGCGUAUGCAGGAAUUGAGAUCCCUGGGCAAACUAUCAAGGGGAAUUAUUCACUUGGAGUCACCGACCAAUUGACGCCAAUCCUCAAUAUGACUUCCUGGGAAACCUUUGUAAGUCAAGUUGUCCACCAAAAGGGAACAGCACUAUCUCUAUAUGGAAAGACCACUGGAUAUCUCGGUGUCCUGAAAAGCCACAUUAUAUUGGAUAAAUAUGUGGUGAUUCCAACCUUAAACAAGUUUAAAGGCUUCUCCCUCGCCGAUAGCACAUUUCUCUUGCCAGCAGAGGACGACGGAUCCAACCUCGUCGCCAAUAUUACACUCCCAAACCCAAGCACCUUCAGCUUCGAAGUUGGCACGAUCACACUUGAUCUCAAGAGCGGCAAUACAGACCUAGUCCUCGGCAGUGCGACGAUCGAAGACGUCACACUCAGACCAGGCAACAACACAUUCCCGUUAAGAGGCGUGAUCGAUAUCGGUGGGAUGAUCGCCAACCUCGCCGAAGUGCUCAGCUCACAGGGUUCCGCCCUUAGGACAGGCGCACUUAGCCUGACAGCUGUGACUAAAUCAAUUGUAUCAAACGGCACACUAAUCCCGUACUAUACAAAGGCUCUCGCGUCACUACCCCUGGUAGCAAACGUGAGCAUCGGCGAUGUUCUCAAAAACUCGCUCGCUCGCUUAGGCUCGAGUGAGGCAUUUUCAGACCCCGAUGACAAACGCAGGAGAGACCCUGUGCAGUUUGAUGGUCCGGUUGGAUACGGUGACGCAUAUAAUCAGGUCGCAGGUCUGAAACACAACAGGCAUGUUCAAAAGAUCUUCAAGGAUGAAGAUUCUGAACAACGAGACGCAAUGAUAGAUUCGCUGGCUCGAUAUUAUGCGUCGCUAUGA